GCCCCGCGCGCAUUCCUAGUUGGGCUAGCUGCGCCGCUGCGAUGAUGGUGGCUGCAGCUGCUGAGCGAAACAAGGAGCCCAUCCUGUGCGUGCUCCGCCAGUAUGUGGAUCCUGCCCAGCGCGGCGUUCGCGUGCUCGAGGUGGCCUCGGGCUCCGGCCAGCACGCCGCGCACUUUGCGCAGGCCUUCCCGCACGCCGAGUGGCAGCCGUCGGACGUGGACCAGCGAUGCCUGGACAGCAUUGCCGCCACCACUCAAGCCCAAGGGUUGUCCAAUGUGAAGGCCCCGCUGUACCUGGAUGUGACCUGGGAGUGGGAGCAAUGGGGCGGGAUCCCGCAGCGAUCGCUGGACCUGUUGCUCUGCAUCAAUAUGAUCCACAUCAGCCCCCUGAACUGCACUGAGGGGCUUUUCAAAGCUGCCGGACAGCUGCUUAAAACCAAGGCUGUGCUGAUCACCUAUGGGCCCUUUGCAGUCAAUGGGAAGAUCUUUCCCCAGAGCAACGUGGACUUUGACCUGACCCUCAGAUGCAGGAACCCAGAGUGGGGGCUUCGUGACACAGCUCUCCUGGAGGAACUAGGCCAGGCCAGUGGCUUGGUCCUGGAGAGGAUGGUGGACAUGCCAGCCAACAACAAGUGCCUGAUUUUCCGGAAAGAAUAAUCUAUUUCCUACCGCAUGUGCCUGCAUCUCUGUCAAAGGUUCUGUCAUGGCACAAGCCCCUCCCUCAUUGAGUCACUCCUCGGGAUAAAUGAGCCCCUCCUAGUGUGGUGGCCACAGUGCUGCAGAGAACCUGGGUCCAGUGGGCCUUGAAAUAAAGCCGUUCCAGCCCACUGUGGGACAUCUGUAA